UCUCCACCGAUGCAGCCACCCUCUCGAGAUUACCUGCUCGAUUAUUAAUUUAUAUAGUUGUUGCCAAUAACGCGAAUAUGUAGGUGCGAUCGCGCAUGUAUGUCCGAGGCAGAGUGACGCCAGUAGUAGACGCCACCACGGAGUCGCGUCAUAACCCUCAGACGGAGAGAGAGAAAGAGAGAGAGAGAGAGCACGGAAGCUGGAAGUCAAGAACCGCGGUGUCCGACACCGGGGGUGUGCGAUCGUCCGCGAUUUUUUGUUUUCUGAGAAGAUUUUUUUCUACAGAGACGUAACUCGACCGAGUCUAGAAAAAAAAAAAAAAAAAACAAAGACGUGCACACAUUCGUUUCACCCGAAUCGCGCGGUUUUUCGCCGGCCGAAGUUCGUUCUAUCGGGUGACGAUAUCGAAGUUACACGCGCGUGUACGCAAGUGUUGUGUGUUGUUGUACAACAACACACGCGCGCGCGCGCGAGUGCAUUUUCACCCCCGUGCGUGCGUUGAAAGAGAAAAACCAUAUAUACGGUAAUCCCCACGUUCCGUCGCAAUACUCGCGCUACCUACCGAGCGGGGUCCGUCUCUCUCCCGUCCGUCGUCGAGUGCAAUUGUGCGCGGUCGCGUAAUCUCCGCGAUCCCCGCGAGCGCGCACAACACAAGAUUCGGACAACGAGGAGUCUCUUCGCUUGGCACGCGCGCAGUUCUCGACAGAAGCGAUCGGGAGAGGAACUCGGACGAUCAGAGAGAGACGAGGGAGAAGUGUGAGACCCAAUUCAGCGUUCGGUUCGAUAAUUCGCAACAAAAAAACGGCUGGUCAAACGUUCGGUCUCUCGGCAGAGACCCGCCGCCGCCGCCGCCGCCGUCGCCGUAUUGCACGGAUUUUAUUGCCGGAUAUAAUAUUACAAGGAGUUACAACACGCGUCUUCGAGAGAGAGAGAGAGAGAAGAAAAAAAAAGUUCGCAACCGAAUGAAGGUCUGAAGGUUCCUGGGAGAAACGAGAAUUAGUUGGAGACGAGGCGAGGGAUUUUUGACGCUCGACGAGAAUCUCACGAUCUCGGGGAUAGAGAGAAAACCCGACGACGCUCUGCUCUGAACGUGCGAGAGAGAGAUGUUUUCCAGGAACCGUCGCAUAGAAGUUCAUGUGAAUGGAUAAUGCUCGGAGGCAAUGAACGGCAUGGAGAGACAUGGUCAUGGACAUGGACAUUCGCAUUCGCAUUCGCACUCUCAUCGUCAUCGCCACUCUCAUAGCAGUUCUCAGAGCAGCGCAACAGCGGUGCAGAACUCGAAUCCACCGCCUCCUCCGAAACAUAGCCACGGUCAUGUGGCGCACUCGCAGAAAGAAACGUCUGCGCCCGCACCGCAAGCGGCACCGCAAAAACAGAGAAAUUACAAGCUGUUGGUUGAUCCCUUUUUAGUCAAGGGAGCCACAAAACUGUGCAGAUAUGACGGAACAGUUCCGGGUGAUCCGACGUAUCCGCAGGUUCAACCGCGGGAUCCCAGAUCGCAAUUGACAAGGAUUUGGACUCGGCUCGAGCUGCUCGAUCUACCUGUACCUAGAUUCAAAAUCGAUUCCAAUUACUGUGGCGAACCGCCGCCACUCGAAGUAUCAUUUUGCAAUUUAAAUGACAAUAUUGACAAGACAUUUUUGACAAACAUGGUUCAGAAGUUUGGAUCUAUCGAGGAAGUUACUAUUUAUUAUCAUCCUAUUACUAACAAACAUCUUGGCAUAGCAAGAGUACUGUUCGAAUCUACUAAAGCGGCAAAAAGUUGUGUGGAAAAAUUGAAUAACACAUCCGUAAUGGGGAAAGAGUUGAGGGUGUUUCUAGAUCCCUUCGGUGAGGAAUGCAAGAAGAUAUUUGACGAGUUAACAACCGAGAAGAAGAUAGAAAAAAAAGUAGAAAAAGAAGUGGCGAAGCCAGAACCUGAGCCGGAGAAACAUCAAACACCAAUUGUGGUCGAUAAGGUCUUACCCGAAGAAAGAGAAGACUUCAGAAGUAGCAAGAAAACCAUUCUAAACAUAGAAAAGAACAGAGAUCCUUAUUUAGAGAAUUCAAGAUACAACAAGUACAGGGAUUAUCCCACACCGAGCGGCAGUUCGGGCAGUGAUUUAGGUUAUGGAACAGCGCCGAGCGAAAUAAACUAUUCUAGCAAUUACUCUCAAAAUUCAACCCCGGCUACGAAUUAUGACUAUUAUUAUAGCAGUUAUCAUCAACCUCCUAAUAGCUACUUAGCUGGCAUACCGCAGAACGUGUCGCAGAAUAUACCAAUUCAACAAAACUCAAAUGUUUGGUGGAGCAACAAUUCUGGAACAACGGGAUAUCCGUCAUCGGCUCCUGUUUGGCCAGUUCAACAACAUACUCCUAGUAUGGACAGUGCUAAUUCUAAUGUAACAUUGAGUAGUAAUAAGACUUCAAGUACGAAAACAACACAUCAUACCUCUAAAAAGGAAAAGGAGAAUCAGACAACUACCACAAAGAACACACCAUGCGAUUCUCCCGAAGAAACCCGUAAGACGUUGGAUUUAGAUACACGAAUAGCCAUGCUGUUGAAGGACAAGGCGGGCGGAAUGGCUCCGCCUUUUUUGCAGUUCGGCAGCGACUCGGAAGAUGACAAGAAAUCUCAACAAGAUGACGGCGAAAUUCUGUCGAAUCCACCUAGUCCUUUUCUAUCGCACGAGAUCUACAAACAGUGUUUUGAGAAAAUGGUUGAAAGAAACAAGGAGCGCAGAAGAAAAGCUCAGGCAAAUAGCAUUGGCCAGUUUUCUGUGGACGAAGAUUUGGGCAGCGUUAUAAGUUCUAGUGAGGAUGAGGCAUUGUUAGGAAGUUACAGUCCAGCGCCUGAUGACAAUGAGCCAGAACCACCUAAAGACCCACCUCCUCCUCCGCCACCUGAUGACGACCGAAUGUCUUUGAGCCCUUUGAGUUCGGGAGAUGAAAAAAUCGAGGAAGUGAUAGCACAAACUGAACCCUCGAAUCAAUUGUAUCCGUCAGCCGGUUACCCAGGACAUCUGACUCACUAUCCUUCCAACGACGUUUACAACUGGCCCCGACCAACGCAAUAUCCUUAUCCUUAUGGAGCGACUUACUUACAGGGCCACUAUCAAACUGCAACGUCGUUCUCGGCGGCUGUUGGAAAUCCUCAAGGGACAAAUUAUUAUUCGUCUUUUCAGCGAUUACACGCCAUGGCAAAUUACAACAUCACAAAAGAUCCACAGGGCCCUACCAUUACUGGAGUGCUUAACAGAGUUGUAAACGAACUGAAGCAAAUUUUGAAGAAAGAUUUUAACAAGAAAAUGAUCGAGAAUACGGCGUUCAAACAGUUCGAGGUUUGGUGGGAUGAGAAGAAAUCGGAGAAGAAUCAAGUUCACGGUGAAAAUGCGGUUGUUAAUAACACAAUAAAAGAGGAUGGAAAACCACAAGGUUUGUCAUCGUUGUUGGAGCAAGCAACACCGUUAGGACUCAAUUACGACGGAUUUGGUUUGGGUAUUAGAGCCAGUAUGCCAAAGAUGCCUUCCUUUAGGCGCAAGAUUAAAGCUCCAAGCCCAGUACCACAGGAUGAGGACAGCCGACAAUCCUGUCACGCUGAUAUGGAAACAAUUGAGAGUGACAGCGAUCUGGAGGUGUCAACGUCGCAAAAAACAAAGAAGACAAUGGCUUCUCUUCGGAACAUCUCUUCAUCGUCAACUCCUUCCGCCUCAUCUCUCGAAAGUAGUAGCGAAGAGAUCAGUUCCAGUGAAUCUUCCGAUAGUUCAAAUGAAAGUUCCGACGAAGAGGGUGCUUUUGAAGACGAGCAAGACACAGAUAGUCGCAUGUCCGAUCAUAGACCCUUGGCCUGUAACAGUGAGGAUCCCGACAUAUUGACAGAACUCGCGAUACAGAGGUCGCUAGAUUGUCCCACUCCGACUGGCAGAGAAACGCCGGUGCCCGAUAUCAAAAUUAAAGAUCAAAACUCGAUCGAAUUCCCAGAAAUCGAUAACGAAAGUUUGGAUACUCCGUUGUGUUCGCCCGCGAGAUACGAGGGUGUCAAGGAAGAAGAAAGAGUAUCCGUAAAACUGCCUGUCGCGGAAGAAAAGCCGUAUCACGCGUACAAAACUGUGGACAAGCAGGUGUCUAAGAUCGUCGAUGAGAAAGAGAACGAGGUGAAAUCUGUAGCAACGUUAGCGAAGGAAGAAGCGCUACCGGACAUACAGAAGAUGGAGAAUUCGGCCGCGGAAGCUCUGAUAACUCUGGCCGGCCAGGAUAACAUCAUACGUCACAGAAGUCCCGGCCCCGUGCAACCGAAUAUUAUCAGAGCGUUGCAGACAAUGUCGGAUAAGUACAUCAACGACGAGCCUAUUUUGAAAGAAAACGAGAAGAUCGAAAUGUUCAGCGAGAUUCCGACAACCGAUUCCGAGGAGGAAAGCUUAGAAAUACGAAGAAUAAGGUAUCAAGCGGAGGCGGACUUCCGAUUGAACGGCCAGCGAACACCGAGUUCACCUGGUUCUCAGGCCUCGCAAGUGUAUAUGGAACACUCGUACUCGUUGCCACCUGCACAACCGGAGCCACCAGUAGAACCGGUGAUACGUGUACCGCCUGUCCCGGUGAAGGUGAAACAACAGAAAAUUAUCAAACCGACGAAAGGACCAAAAGACAAGAUACACAAGGUGGAGAAACAAAAGUCCAAAAAGUACUCGAGAAUACACAGUAACAAUCACCAGACUCGCGAGGGCGAAAAGGAAAAUAUACGGAACGAUCACGUGUACAAAUUGCCACAGCAAAUGGUUCCGGAGCCUGCGGUCACUUACAAAGAACGUGAUCUUAUGUCGGAAAUGGCUAUUUUGUAUGAAUUUCUAACCAGAGGAAUAGACGCGGAGGAUGUGGAAUAUCUGAGAAGAAGUUAUGAGGCUUUGUUAGCGGACGACGCUCAAGGUUACUGGCUGAACGACACGCACUGGGUCGACCAUCCGCCUACGGAUAUACCGAGCCCCGCGAAGAAGCGGAAACGGGACGAGCUUCGGUUGCACGCGAGCGGAAGCGCGAGAACGGAGGGGUAUUACAAAGUUGACAUCAGAGAGAAGGCAAAACACAAGCAUCACUAUGCUCAAAGUGAGCAACGUACCAACAACGUGGAGGACAACGGCGGUUCUUACAUCGGCGGAGACGGUCCGAUGAACGGUCCGAAGAGCAAUUCCAAAGCUUUAACCGGCAAGAUGCAAGCGUUAUCGCGCGAGGCGCGAAGUAAUCAACGUCGAUUACUGACUGCUUUCGGAAUUGAUACGGAUAGUGAUCUCCUUAAGUUUAAUCAAUUAAAGUUCCGUAAAAAACAACUGAAAUUCGCCAAGUCCGGCAUCCACGACUGGGGCCUGUUCGCGAUGGAACCAAUCGCCGCCGACGAAAUGGUUAUCGAGUACGUUGGACAAAUGAUCAGACCGAUCGUGGCCGAUUUACGCGAGGCGCAAUACGAAGCCACUGGAAUUGGUAGUUCCUACCUCUUCCGCAUCGAUCUGGACACGAUUAUCGAUGCGACCAAGUGUGGCAAUUUGGCGAGGUUCAUAAAUCACAGUUGCAAUCCGAAUUGUUACGCAAAAGUAAUCACGAUCGAGAGCCAAAAGAAGAUCGUAAUCUACAGCAAACAACCGAUAGGAGUUAACGAGGAAAUUACUUACGAUUAUAAAUUCCCAUUGGAGGAUGACAAAAUCCCUUGCCUUUGCGGAGCUCCUCAGUGUCGGGGUACCCUCAACUGAAUUGUUCAUUCUUUUUCCGGUCUUCUACACUUCGUCGCGGUUCCUUCUACUCAUAUUUUUGUAAAUAUUUCCCCAUGUAAACAUUUUAUAAAAAUGCAAUUGAAAAACACAUUAAGUUAUGUUAAUAACGCGCGUUCUUCCUACUUUAUUAUUAAAAAAAAAAAAAAAAAGAAAAAAAAGAAUCCUUUUAAUCUAGGAAUGUGUGUGAGCGAAUAUUUGGAAGCAAAUGAAAAAAACAAAUAUAUAAAACUAUUAU